AUGCUCUCAUUGAUAAAUGCUAGUUCUCCAUCUGGAAAUGACCGUCGUGUUAAGUUGUUAAGUACUGAUUUGAUCUUUGGUGGUAUUGAUAACGUUUUUGUGUAUCCGUCACUUGACGUUGAUCGAUUAAAAGAUGCGGUUAGUCGUACUCUUUCGUUCUGGCCUAUUGUCACCGGUCGUGUCAUUAUCGAGAAUAAUGAAGAUUAUUACAUCAAAUUUUCUGAUCAAUCAAUUCCGUUUACUUACACUGAGAAUGAUGAACUUGAUCAAUGGCCAAAUUUACCUGUUAUUAUCGAUGAUGUAAAUGUUCUAAAACCAUUUAUUGAUUCAGUUCAAUAUAAGCCUGAAACCGAACCACUUCUUCGAUUGAAAGUUACUCGAUUGGUACGCAGUAAUGAAUACAUAUUCGGCGUGAGCUUUUGUCAUAUUAUGGGCGAUGCUGAUUCAAAUCUUCAUUUCCUUAAUGACCUUUCUCAAGCAUAUCAACAACUAGAACCGAUUCUUCCUCGGCCAACAUUCGAACGACAUCCAUUAGGUUCAGAAAAUCGCGAUUUUACCUCAUCAUCGGUUUUAAAACUGUACCAAAAUGUCCAGAAGAAGGAAACAGUUCUCGCUCGGCUUAGCGAGGAACAUUCAACAACCGAACCUUUGAAUAUGUCAUUCUCUUCUGAGCAAAUAGCUCGACUACAUCAUCUAGCAAGUGGUAACAAUUCUAAUGUAACACCUCACGAUGCUCUGUGUGCUUAUAUCAUUCUUCUUUUAAACAAGCAUGCAUUUCCGACAGAAGAUCAAUGCAUUCGACGAGUUUACAUGCUUAUUAAUUAUAGAGAUGUGAGUGAACGAUUAGCUGGCAAAAGUUACGUGGCAAAUGCGAUUAUGCAACCAUUGUCUGAAGACUUUCCAGACCCGUAUUCUUUGUCAAGCAUUGCACAAACGAUUCGUCGAUUGGUCAAAACAGCACGUCAAGAGGAAUUUUUGAACAAUUGGGUCACAUCAGCGAACGCUUUGAUGAAACAAUUCAUUCAAAAUGGCGAAAUUAAUUUCACUUGGGACAAAGAUGAAUUGAUAUUCAAUUCGAAUUACAAAUACGAUUGGACGGAUCGGGUUCAUCUCGGCAUGAAAGGUCAAUGUCGGUUUCAUACGGCGGGUUUAUUCAAAUUUUAUUUUCGAAUUUUUCAAUUAAAUCCAAUCAUAGAUCAUCAAGGACAUUGGAAAAAGGAUCAGGGUGGCGCUGAAGUUGCUUUUCGAAUUCCGAAAGGAGAUAUGAAAGAAAAGCUUUUGCAAGGAUGGAAAGAAGACGUUGCAGGAAAUUUUAAAAGAUAA